GAGAAAAGGUGAAUAUAAUGAAAAUCGAAAACAAUUCAAUUGAGUUCAAGAAGAGAAGCAAAGAAAGGAAAUUUGUCACACCCUCAAAGUUUUUGCAUAAUUAUCUGUUUUCCAACGUUGGAAGUAAACAAAUUUAUCAUCAAAGUGUUAUUUAUAGCCCAGGUGGCAUAUUUUAUCCAGCUGGAUUUGGAAAAGGCAUCGAAAAGCAAGGUCUAUCGAUAGACAGACAAUUCUUUUGCUGUGCUGCAUUGUUAGUGGCAUUUAUAAUCGGUGACUCAUCGGUCAUCAAGUAUCUCAGGAAAGAAACGCAAUGGGUACACUGUCGGAUUUUGGGCAAGUGGCCCUCAAGUGGGAUCCGAAGAACUUAGAGAUCCGAACAAUGUCGGUGGAAAAAACCUUAGAGCCUUUGGUGUUGCAGGUAACAACUUUGGUUAACACCAAGGGACCAAGUAAAAAGAAAAAAGGAAAAUCUAAACGGGCAAGUGCUUUGGUAGCAGCCGUCGAAAAAGCUACCGAUAUAUUCAUUGAACGUGGUGAACAAAUUGCUUAUGAAAAUCCAGAUAUUACCCAGGAAAUGCUUUCUGCAGUAGACGAAGUUCGCAAAACUGGCUCAUCAAUGAGUAUUGCAGCUCGAGAAUUUUCUGAAGAUCCAUGCAGUUCCUUGAAACGUGGAAAUAUGGUACGUGCGGCUAGAAAUUUGCUGUCGGCGGUUACUCGUUUAUUGAUCUUGGCUGAUAUGGUUGAUGUACACUUGCUGUUGAAAUCAUUACACGUUGUUGAGGAUGAUUUGGAUAAGCUGCGCAACGCAUCAUCGCAGGAUGAACUUAUGAACAACAUGCGUCAAUUUGGGAGAAACGCAAAUGAACUUAUUAAGCAGGCGGCCAAGCGUCAACAAGAGCUGAAGGAUCCUCAAUUGCGUGAUGAUCUUGCUGCCGCCAGAGCUGUAUUGAAGAAACACUCUACAAUGCUUUUAACGGCAUCUAAAGUAUAUGUGCGCCAUCCUGAAUUGGAUCUUGCCAAAGUUAAUCGGGAUCAUAUUCUGAAACAAGUCUGCGAAGCUGUUAACACAAUCAGUGAUGUAGCACAGGGAAAGGCAACGUCUCCACAGGACAUAUAUGUUGGCGCUGGGGAGUUGGCUGCAGCACUCGAUGAUUUCGAUGAAGGCAUUAUAAUGGAUCCUUUGGCUUACAAUGAGGUUCGCUCUAGACCAUCGCUGGAAGAACGCUUGGAAAGUAUUAUCAGUGCUGCAGCAUUGAUGGCUGAUGCUGAUUGUACAAGGGAUGAGAGGCGAGAACGUAUUGUGGCUGAAUGUAAUGCUGUACGACAGGCAUUGCAAGAUUUGCUGUCGGAAUAUAUGUCCAAUAUGGGAACAAAGGACCGUACUCCAGAACUUGAACGAGCGAUCGGGCAGAUGUACCGCAAAACAAAAGAUCUUCGUCGUCAGUUGCGGAAAGCUGUUGUUGAUCACGUUUCUGACUCUUUUCUGGAAACGAACAUGCCGCUAUUGGACCUUAUUGAUGCUGCACGUACCGGAAAUGAAAAAAAAGUUCAUGAACGGGCGGAAACAUUUACGAAACACGCAGAAAAGUUAGUAGAGGUGGCUAAUCUAGUUUGCAGCAUGUCGAAUAACGAGGAUGGGGUUAAGAUGGUUCGUUAUGCUGCUGCCCAGAUCGAAGCUCUCUGUCCACAGGUUAUUAACGCAGCUUUAAUACUAUGUGCGAGACCAAAUUCGAAAGUCGCCCAGGAAAACAUGGAAGCUUAUAGACAAGCCUGGGAAAAUCAGGUCCGUAUUUUGACUGAAGCGGUUGACGACAUUACUACGAUUGAUGACUUCCUGGCCGUGUCGGAAAAUCACAUUCUUGAAGAUGUAAAUAAAUGCGUACUAGCACUGCAGGAAGGCGAUGCGCUAGAUUUGCGAAAUACGGCCGGUGCUAUCCAAGGCCGAUCGGCUCGGGUUUGUAACGUUGUCGAGGCAGAAAUGGAUAAUUAUGAACCGUGCAUUUAUACCAAGCGCGUGCUAGAGGCGGUGAAGGUAUUACGUGAUCAGGUGAUGUCUAAAUUUGCACAACGGGUUGACGUAGCGGUCGAUGCUUUGUCUUCGAAUUCGGCCAAAGAUGUUGAUGAGAAUGACUUCAUCGAUGCCAGCCGGUUGGUGUAUGAUGGAGUUCGCGAAAUACGACGAGCUGUGCUGAUGAACAGGAGUUCGGAUGAACUGGACACCGACACCGAGUUUGAACCUGUUGAAGAUAUGACUGUAGAAACCAGAAGUAGAUCAAGCGCACAUACUGGCGAUCAAACUAUUGAUGAGUAUCCGGAUAUCAGUGGAAUAACUACAGCUAGAGAAGCCAUGCGCAAGAUGAAUGAAGAAGAUAAGCAAAAGAUCAUGCAGCAGGUUGAGUUGUUCCGACGAGAGAAGCUAACGUUCGACUCUGAAGUGGCCAAAUGGGAUGACACGGGUAACGACAUAAUUUAUUUGGCUAAGCACAUGUGUAUGAUUAUGAUGGAGAUGACAGAUUUUACACGUGGUCGCGGUCCGCUCAAGACGACCAUGGAUGUAAUUAACGCUGCCAAGAAAAUCUCUGAAGCCGGUACCAAGCUAGAUAAACUGACUCGCGAAAUCGCCGACCAGUGUCCGGAAAGUUCCACGAAGAAAGAUCUGCUCGCUUACUUGCAGCGUAUUGCUCUCUACUGUCACCAGAUACAAAUCACGUCCAAAGUGAAAGCUGAUGUGCAGAAUAUCAGUGGCGAACUGAUCGUAUCAGGGGUAAUUCUGGACAGCGCAACUUCACUCAUUCAGGCCGCCAAGAAUUUGAUGAAUGCCGUGGUAUACACGGUUAAAUAUUCUUACGUGGCUUCCACCAAAUAUACCCGCCAGGGAACGGUUUCGAAUUACGUAAGUUGUGCUUAGUGUUGUUCAGUAUGGUUCAGUUCAUAUACAAAUGUUCUUUUUGUCUAGUUUAUUUUCAAAGAUAAUACAACUUAACAACAAUGUUUAUCUAUUUUACAAUAUUUCGAGUCAAGCUUGAGAGAACUAUACUGGCUGAUGCUUGUACACUUACUGUCGUUUGUUGUAUUCAUUCAUUAGACAAGUGUAGAGCAUAGUUGCCCUACCGAACUUGUAAAUUGGGUUAAAGAAAAACUAGCUACAUUGUUUCGUAUGUACGGUCAUUCGUUUGCACGGAAUGCUUGUUCAAUCAAGUUAAAUUUAAUAAUUAUAAGUGGCUUAACUCCUACCUAUAAAAGAAACGGCGAAUGACAAUUUCAUUUCGCGGUUUCAGGUAUAGGUCUUACUUGGCCUUGGUUCUCUUUUUAGUACAUAAUACUACUGGUGAUGCCUCCUCCGAGAGCUAGUCGCUUAUGCUCGCAACGCUCCGUGAGUUAGCGAGUGUAAUGUGCUUCUUGUUUACAGUGUGUUAGAUCCUACCGUAUAUAGUUGUAUAGCCGGUAGGAGACCGAUUCUUUUCAGGUUUUUAACUACGUCAUACAUAUGACGAAACACUGUAGGUUUAUGGGAUCAAGGGGAUUACCGUUACACAAGAUCUAAGUACAAAAAAAAAAAAAAUUCACUACUAGCGUAUACACUAUGACUAAUUAAAAAGCUACGUCACUUUGCAAACCAAUUGAAGCUAGUUCUAGCCUAACAACUCAGUCGUUGCACAUAAGACUAUUUAAUCUAAAAUGCUGGGCAAAAAUCUCGAAAUCGCUUUUAUGGUAGUAAUUGGAUACCCUAUGAUUAUUGUAUAGAGUCCGGGAUACCAUUAGGUUUCAACUGAAACCAGUGGUGGGCACCGCUAACCGGAAAAUUCAGCUCGAAAACCGCUAAACGCUAAACGCUAAACCCACAUUAGCGGAACUUUCGCUAAUCGCUAACUUUUCAAUAUGUAAAUAGUCAUAUCGCUAUAUUUAUUGCUCGUGUUUUGUAAGAUUUGGACCACUUUGAUCUUUUUUGGUUAAACAAACGAAAACAAUUACUUUUUAAAGCUAAGUAUUUACAAUAAGAGGUUCACGAAACGGUAUUCAUAUUUGAUUUUGUAAAAACAAGAAUAACAAAAGUUAUUUAGCUUGCAUUGAAAAUAGAUACUUUUAGGAAUGGUUUCAUGAAAAUUCAAUUAUUAUCUGAAUCGAAAAAGUUGCAAUUGCAAUUUACCAGAGUUCUUGAUGUGCCGAAAAUUUUAUCUAGACCUUGUGCUUGUUCUUCAAAAUGCUCCUGUGGCUUGUACGAUAACUGGAACUCCAUUCUAGGGUAAAAAAACUGGCAAAAGUAACUUUCGCAGUAAAGUAUGUUCAUCUUUCGAAUCAAUUUACGUACGCCAUCAGCAAUUCACAGUUUUUCUAAAUAUUUCUAUUGUCGCUUCUCUACAAAAUUUAGCGAAUUAGCGAUUAGCGUUUCGAAGGCCAAAAUUUUAGCGACGCUAACAGUUUCGCUGACCAGCUCAGAAAUUAGCGAAAUCGCUAAGUCGCUAACUAAAUUUUAGCGUCGCUAAUUAGCGAAUUAGCGGAAUGGGGCCCACCACUGACUGAAACCAUGUAGGUAUUUUGUAUGCCGGAGUUAUGGCCAGCUUCCUGGGUCAAAUACUCAUAUGUGCGUCAUUUGGUUGGAAAAUAUUGUUUGCGUUAGUGUAGAAACGUAGUACUGGCAGAGCAAACUAUUGGUAGUAUUAUUGAACUAAGCACAUUUCAGAUUCAAGUGAAAGUAUUAUUUUUUCUAAGCUAUUUACUCCCAUUAAUUUAAU